AGCAAAAACCACAAAAUAAAUAACUCUCUCUCCUCUAUCUUUCUCUCUCUAGUUUAAGACUUAAGUAGUUGCAUUCUUUCACUUGUGGCAUUAUCUUUCUUUCUUUCAAACACCAUGGCAAAACCCUCUCCAGACAAAAAACACUUCCACUGGUCAAACAAAGUUAGCAACGAAGAUGAAGAACAAGAACAUGUUCCUUCAUUCAACUCCUGUCCUGAAAAGGAUAAAGAUAACGAAUUACCCUCAUCCUUAUCAAGAAAGAAGCUCCCAGCGAUCACGAUCGCUAGGGUUCGCUCAGUACUGUCCGCACUGAGCAAGAACCGUCCCAACCCAGUGCAUGGGUUAGGAACUAGGGUUACUGGAACCCUAUUCGGUUCUCGCAAAGGCCACGUCCACUUCGCUUUUCAAAAAGGCCCAACUCACCAACCCGUGUUCCUGAUCGAGCUGCAGACUCCUAUCAGCGGGUUGGUGAAGGAAAUGGCGUCAGGGCUCGUGAGAAUCGCACUCGAGUGCGAUAAGAAAGUUGGUAGCUCAAGAAGGAUGUUGGAAGAGCCUGUUUGGAGGACUUAUUGCAACGGAAAGAAGUGCGGUUUCGCGAUGAAAAGAGAGUGUGGAGAGAAAGAAUGGAAGGUUUUGAAAGCGGUUGAGCCGAUAUCCAUGGGAGCUGGUGUGCUGCCAGCAGAAAAACCGGGUGAUGAAGAUGAAGAAGAAGAUGAAGGGGUGGUUAAUCAUGAAGGUGAGAUCAUGUACAUGAGGGCUAAGUUUGAAAGAGUUGUGGGAUCAAGGGAUUCUGAGGCAUUCUAUAUGAUGAAUCCAGAUAGCAAUGGUGCUCCUGAGCUAAGCAUCUAUUUGCUAAGAAUUUGAGAGUUUAAUUUAAUUAAGCAAAAUUUGGAUCCAAGUUCAAGUUGUUUGAAGCUAAAGAAAUGUUUUCUUGAAUUUGAUAUUUCUUUCAUAGAAAUGUUAAAGGGUGAUCCUGUUUGUUGUAAUAUGUAGUUCAUGGAGUGUGGAAUGGGAUAUACAUAUAUUAUUUAGUUA